CGCGGAGAGCAAUGACAGAGCAGAACGGGCGUGGUUUGAGUCGACACCUAACCUAAAUACACGCACAAUAACAACAACCUAACUUUGAGUAUAGUAUUGGUACCAAAACAUAACUACAUUUUUAUAAUAAACGAGAACGCGCACGAGAGUGACAGCAGCGGAUCAAGCAUGUCUAUACACGUCAUAAGAGAUGGAUUUAUUAGCGGCGGUGGAUCGUGUGGUUUGAAGACUGAAACAGAUGCCAGCACACCAGCAAUGAGAUUCAGAGGUCCCAGUCCUCUCAGUGACAGUAUGAUGUCUGAGGCAGGUGAUGAUGGUUUCAUACAUGAAGUGUCACAGGAUACACAGGAGGGGGAGAGUGCCAUUUCACCUUCGACGUAUGGAGCUGAUCUACAGAGGACUCUGGGAGAGAUUCUUGCAUACUGUCAGGUUACAUAUGGAGCCAUUCUGAAACUUGAUGAAAAGUUUGACAUGCUCGAGACUAAAGUAGCAAACAUUCAGAGCCUACAGCAGAAUCCAACACUUCUCUCACAGAAGACACGUGUGUCAGACAGCUUCCAGAGCAGAACUGAAGGCUCCACACCACAACAAUUUCACAUUUCCUCUCCACUUCCAUCUGUGAAGAGCAGGAAAUCUCUGAUGCUGUCUCGCGGUCCUGAGGUCAAGACCCCUGAACGGCUUAGCCAGAUUCAAUGCCAAAAUACUGAGAGAGCCACAAUUACCCAAAGUUCAACAAAAGAUCCAUCCGUUAACACCAACAUAACAAAGCAACAGCAGGGUCAACUUCAAACCAGCACAGAGAGCAGUGACCCAGCUGAACACAUCUCUCCUGCAAAUACAUGUUAUGUGGGUAACUAUGAGAGGAACGUUUUUCUGCCAAAGUGUGUCGUACAGCGAGCGGGAAAAAUGACACGACCCAGCGCAGCUGCACGACAUCUGUUACGACACCUCUUUACAGCUGAAGAACUUUCUCAAAGCAGCAAUAACGGAAAUCCAACCAGACAUCUGAAGAGGCUCGACCCUAACAAGAUCAGCGCCAUCAGAGUUUUUGAUCCAACAUGCAAGUCAGCAGUUUUUGACAGUGUCCUGUUGUUCACAGAAUGGGCGGUAAAAAGGUUCCCAAAAUUUGACCUUAGUGAAAAAGGCAAAGACUGGAAAAUUUGUCUGUCUGUAAUAAACUCGACGACACGCUACUUUCGCUUCAUGGCCAAGACACGGAAGCAAAAGAUGAAACCCGAUGAAACAUUACCACAAGAGACGAGAGCUUCAUCUGGACACACAGCAGAGAUUGAUGUUGAGCUGUCAGACAGUGACACUGAGCAGAUGAACAGGAUUAACUCGCUGCCAAAUUAUAACAGCGCAGAUGCUUCCUGUUACAUCUUGGAUGGAAGUUCACCCAAACAAGUGCAUCUCGGGCCUCCUCAUCGAGAAGUAAAGGUCCCCGAGUUCGUCUUGUCUGCUGCACAUCUGCGUACGCGUCCUGAGCUCAUCGCUCGAUAUCUCAUUAAAUUCAUCUUUCCAGAGGACGUACUGGUACGCAGUAACGUCUAUGGUGCACGGCGUGGCAUUCAACCCCUCGACCACAACAAAAUAUCUGCACUUCGGGAGUACCUGUCAGAGCGUUUUCCCUGGAUGAAGCUGGAGGAGGAUGGAAGUGACUGGAAGGUUUGUGUUGGAGCUAUAAACAGCACCAUCCGCAAGUUUCGAUAUGAGCACAAGAUGGGCAUAAGGAGAAAGAAACGCUGAGACACUCGAACUUUUGGAUGGUUAUUUGUAAUGUGUAGUAUCUCUUUGUGUCAAGAAACACUAUCACAGCGUGUUUUUCCUAGGAUGUGUGAAUAUUAUAUUAUUUAUACUGUUAUUUAUUUUGGUUGUUAUCCAAGUCUUUAGAAGUCUAUAUAUAUAUAAAAUUGAAGUAUUUUUGCCAAGAAAGCCUAAGCAAAAAAAUUCACUUUUUAUUUGGUAACAGAAAUAUUACAAUUUUAUAGCAGAAAUCUGUACAUAUAGUAGAUAAAAUUUGAAACAGCAACAGCUGUGGAUAAAGAGAG